CCUGUAUCUUCUUAGAGAAUAAUAACAUUAUUAUUCUCGAGAAAUUCUAAAUAUCUCGAGGGAAAAAGAAAAAAGAAAAUAUCCAAACAAGUACACGGUGGAUGUUCGUGUUUGAUGUAAAAAUACAUUUCAUUUUUUUUUUCUAUUUAUCUCUCUCUCUCUCUCUCUCUCUUUCUCUCUCUCUCUCUCUAUCCGUUAACACAUACGCGAAUAAAACGAUUAGAAAAUAUUAUAAAUUACGUGACAUAAAAAAAUUUCUUUUUAAAAGAUGUUAAUCAAUUAGAGACAAUGCUUACCAACGAGUGUUCGGAUAAUUAUUAUACUCGCAAUUCACUCGCUUUAUUCUCUUCUUCCUCUUCUUCAUCAUCUCAGACGUUUCUCGUCGGCGCCUCGUGCGUGCCAGAGACGAGGAGCAGAGUUUUGCAAGAUGCGAAUUCAGCUCUUGCGUUUGAGGGAGCCGUCGUGCCGUCAAGCGACGAUUGCGUAUUCCGACUUCUUUCGUCGGAACUGCAGAACGAAAAGCGCGAGUUACGUAAAGUUGAAAAAGAAAAAAAAUUACAAGACGUUUGAAAAGCCCGCUAAAGGAAGAAGAUAACGUAUAGUGAGAGUGAAAUAGACAGAGAGAGAGGGAGAGAGGGGAGAGAGGGGUGAGAGAGAGAGAUAGGAGAGCAAAAACCACCGACUACCACCUUGUACGUCAACAUCGAAAUGAGGAGAGCAUCGUACGAUAAAUCCAAUAACGCCAAGCGUAACAUUUUAGCAAGCAAUACAUCCUACGGUAUAACGUCUAGUAACUUGAAGAAUGUGAAUCAGAAGUAUAGCAGUUUUCAGAGUUACGAGAGUUUGCAAGAAAAGAAUUAUUUACAAAGGAGUAUUUCUGCGGACAAUGUGAUACGAUCACGUGGUUACAAACCUUCAGACAGGCACGAUCCCGUCAAGAGAAGCUUUCUUGAGAAUCUUACUUCUAAAAUACUCCAUUUCGAUAUGGAGAGUGGCGAAAGAACUCCAAUCAAUCUUCAAAAAUUGCUUACACCGGCCUCCGAUUCGCAUGAACCACUGCAAGCAAAAAAUAAAAAAAUGUUUGCCUCUUCGUAUUUUUACGCACCUACACAUCCUACCGUGGAGGAUCAAGUCGAGUUGGCACGUCGAAUUUCUCUAUCCCUGAGUGAUGUUAAGAAUAUGAAAAGCAAAGGGCAAUCGAUGUAUGUGAACAGAAAGAAACGAUCUGUCAAAUGGAUCCAUGAUGGCAAUGGUACUGAGGGCGAAGAGGAACCAUCUUCUCCUAUGCAUAAGGAUAAAGUACCUCUGAAGUGUGUAAUGAAUCCACAUGGGAAAGUUUUGGAUAUUCAUGGGAUUCAGGCUCUAGGAGAAGAAGUCAAUAUCGAGCCUAUGCCCUCGCAUCCUGAAAAACUCUUUGAUAUUGUUCGUGAUCUUAACAAUCAAAGAGGACGUGGUGCUGAAAUAUUCGCAAAGCGUCGAAAAAGAUCUGAGAAAUGGAUCGUCGAUCAGGAUCAAGCUCAAUUACCAAGUACACCUGGUAUACAAAAGACACCUGGUUAUUCCUAUCAAUCAGAAAUGAAUGGUAACAGCAAGUUUUCGACGUUACAAUCGCCUUUUGCACAAACGGACAAAUCAUUUUAUAAUCCAUUUGCAGUGGAUCUUUCUUUAGAUAACAUCAAUCCACCAAUGACGAGCAGGUAUCAUCAUCACCAUCGUCAUCAUCAUCGAUCCUGUCAAUUAACUAACGAUUGCAACCAUUCAACGCAAAUAAAAAAGAUUUAUUUGAGAGAAGUGGCCGUCGGCACCGACACCGACUUUCCAAUAGAAAAAACUGAAUUGAAUAACGACGCACGUCGUAGCAACGGCUUCAAUGGCGUCAGAUCAAGCAACGCUAACGUUGAAAGGCGCUCUAACAAAUUGCUCAGUAGCAAGACUAACGCUAACAACACGCAAAUCGCUACUAACAAAGAGACUAAGACUAACAGCAACAGAGAGAUCAAGCAACGUCUCAGCAAUAACUUUUCCCAGGAUGUACUUGUUAACGAUAGGAACAAAUUUAGAAAUAAACAACAAUCUGUUAAACGUGAGGAAGAUGUUGCAAGAUUCUCUGACAGCGACGCUAGCGAAUAUACACCGGUUCCUGUUAAACAACUGAUCCAAGAAUUCGAGAAGACUUGUAGACCGGUUUUACAAUAUAAACAAAUCAGCCCAAAAGUUAUUCCUAUCGUUCAACAAUGCCCUAUUGACACCGACAUAACACGUUUCUUUCAAACUAGAACUUCUGUUAAAUAUGAAGAGGAAGUACCAGAAGAUGACGAGGAGGAAGACGAAGAGGAAGAGGAAGAAUAUAUACGACGGUCGAAUCGCGAGAUUCGACAGGAAAAGCAAAUUAAUAAACCACAGCCUAGAAUCGAGAAUGGAUAUAUGUCGACCGAUGAAACUGAGUACACGUCCGACUCGGAUUCUCUACGAACUUAUGAUUUCAAAGAUUACAAGGAUUACAAGAACGAGACAUCGAUAUAUCGUUAUGAAAAAACUUCGAAUCGGAAUGUCAACGGAGGUGGAGACUAUCCAGGUUUACUCAACGAUGAAUAUUCCCAACGACGAAGAUCAGCGACUUCUCAAGAAUUAGAAUCAUAUUGUAAUGGAAACGUUAAAUUCGUUAACGAGGAUUCCGAGUUACCAGCACAAGCGAAAUCCUUAUUACUUUCGAUGGUUGCCUCACAGGAUGAUAUACUACAAACUAUAAAACACCUUCGCAAUACACCAGUCCUGGAUAAUCUUUUACCUGGUGUCUCGCCAGAACUCAAAUUUACUGAUUCUUAUCCGGAAGUAGGCACCAAAUUAUACGAGGAUAAUACAUACAAAGGACCAAAACUGGCCAGUAUUCAUAAUUUAACUAAUUAUAAUACUGCACCACGUGGUUGGGAUCAGUCAUUAACUUAUUAUCGACCAAUCAAAUUUGAAAAAUCACAGGACACGAUCGUGUAUUCCGAUUUUUAGAUAUUUAUACAAUAUCUGUUACUUCUUGCUCUGACAACUGAAUGAUAUAACUAUCAUGUAUACAAAGCGAUCAUAAAAACCGUUCUGUGGAAAUAUCGAAAAUAAAGAAAAGAGAAAAAGAUAAUUUGACUUUGUUCCUUAUGGAUUGUGGAUCCAGUGUAUUUUGCUAUAGCUCAAUGAAAUCUUACAUAUUACAUUAAAUCUAUAUUGAUUGAAAAGGAGAUUAAAAUUCCUAUUUUUUUUGCAAUUCGAUUUAUAUCGUCACAGCUUUGUUUUGCUUGAUAUAUAUGUAUAUAUAUAUGUAUAUAUAUAUAUAUAUAUAUAUAUAUAUAUAUACAUAUGUACCUACCUCUCCUUUUAUUAAGACAGUUACAUUAUUUAUGCUUAUUAUGCUUUUGACAGUGUUACAUUAUUGCAUAGUUUUCUUUAUUAUAUCAUGCGAAUAAAUGUUGUUUUCAUAAA